AUGGCGGACUUGACCUUUGGAAAACCCUUGGGGAUGCUCAGUGGUGAGAGCUUCGUGCCCUGGGUUUCGGUUAUCGAGGAAUCACUGAAGUACUCGGGAUACACUUUACUCCUUCGUGCAUACCCAAUUCUCGAGACGUUCUUCACGCGUUUGAUACCCAAGAGAAUAAAGGCAAUGAGAGAUGAGCACAUCAACUUCGCCGUAAAGCGGGUUGACGAACGCCUGGAGCAAGGCACCGACAGGGGCGAUAUCUGGAGCUUAGUUGAGCGUAACGCGGAGCAGGACAACAUAACUCGAGAAGAGAUGUACUCUAGUUCGUACGAGUUCCUCAUCGCAGGAUCUGAGACAACGGCAAGUCUUCUAAGUGGCUUGACUUACUUCCUCUGCAAAAACGAAAGCAAGAUGAAGAUUCUGCUCAAGGAGAUUCGCAGCCUGAAAAGAGACGAGCUUACGAUUUCCAAGCUCCAAGGUUUGAAGUACCUCCAAGCCUGCAUCGACGAGGCUAUGAGGCUCUAUCCUCCUGUUGCCGGUGCACUGGGGCGCGUGAAGCGAGUCUGCGGGGCGAAUAUCUGCGGUCAAUGGGUUCCUGAGGGGCUUAUCACGAAGUUCGACUGA